UUGAGCGUAUUUGUAGAUCGUUGACAGCUAUGGGGUACUUGGAAGAUGAGGCAAUUGUAAUUAUGGCAAUAAAAAAUAAAUUGCCGAGAAAUAUCGUUUUAGAACUUCUAAAGAUGGAAAAAAGUGAGAAAAAUGAAUGGAACGUCGAUAGACUGAGGCAAGGAUUGGCCGAUGUUGUGUCAUUAAGGGAAGAGGCACAGCGAUGCACCCAAAACUUAAAUACGCGAUCAGUUCAAAAUCGCGGGAUUAUACAAGUUAAUGGUGGUAACCAAAGAAAUUUUAACAAUAACCGUGUACAGGGGAGAAGAUUUGACUCUGCUAGAGUAUUUUCGUUACAGACACGGCAACGACAGCAAAGAAACGAGAAUAGAAGUAAUUUUAGAUGUCUCUUUUGUCAAGAUCAGCAUUUAGCAGGAAAUUGUACGCGGGUAAAAUAUAUUCAUGCUAGAAUGCGAAUGCUUUCAGAGCAAAAUAGGUGCUUAUUAUGUCUGAAAAAGGGUCACGCAAAAAUAGAUUGUAGAAAUAAAAUUAGAUGUAAUGUUUGUAAUGGGGAUCAUAAUCGUAUAAUUUGUCCCAAACUUGUUGAAAAAGAGAGGAAAGGAGAAGAUGAGGGUAAAAGUGAAGCAAGAGAGAAAAAUAUAACGAAAGCUAAUGUACUUUCUGUUGAAAAUAGAGGCAAGGAUGAGGUAUUAUUGAUGAAAGCUGAUUUUAAAAUUUGUGCGGAUAACGCAAUAACUUAUUCAGCUACAGGUAUUUUUGAUUCAGGCUCAACAGUUAAUUUUAUUAGCGACGAAAAGAUUAAAGAAAUGCGUUUAAAAAAGAUAAAUAAGGCAGAUUUGAAUAUUUACCCGUUUAUGCAGAAACACCCAACACGUUUAGGUACAGCGUGUUAUUUGGUUAAAAUUUUAACAGAUAGAGACGAAACGGAAGAAAUUGUUGCUUAUAAAAUAAAAAAGAAUUUAAUGCCGAGUAUAAAAUAUGCAGAUAUCACAACUGGAGAAAUUAAAACAUCAGAAAUUGUCCCUGAUAUAUUAAUUUCCAUAAAACACUUUUGGAGAUUUUUCAAUCAAGUAAAACAUCUCUCGGACUAUUUAUUUAAAGUAGAGACGUCUGUAGGACCUAUUAUAUGUGGAGAAAUUAUAAAUAAAGACAAAAAGGAAAUAUCUCAAAAUAAAAAUUUGGUAGCUAUUUUGGGAUCAAAGGAAACGAAAGAGGGAGAGGAUAUGAAUAAUUUUUGGAAUUUAGAAACGAUAGGUGUAAGAGACGACCCUAGAAAUAAAGAUGAUGAGGUUGCUAUGAAAUUUUUUGAAGACACGGUUAAAAGAAGUGAGCACGGUCGGUAUAUAGUCAAAUGGCCGUGGAAGGUCGAUAAAAGCAACUUGGCAUCAAAUUUUUCAUUAUCAUAUAAGAGAUUUUUAAGUCUAUUUGAAAAGUUAAAGAAAACACCGGAAUUAUUUGAAAAAUAUGAUAAUAUAAUAAGAGAUGACGAAAAAAGAGGAGUGAUAGAAUUGGCAGAACGAAAUAAGGAUAAUGUCGAACAUUUCCUACCACACCAUCCUGUUAUCACUCCUAAAAAGAUUCGAAUAGUUUAUGACGCAUCAGCCCGAGUUAAAGGGGGUAAAAGUUUAAAUGACCAUUUAUAUCGUGGUCCUAUAAUUAUGCCAGAUCUAGCUGGUCUUCUAAUACGUUUUCGAAUACCAAAGAUAGCGAUGUGGUCGGAUAUCGAAAAAGCAUUUCAUGCUUUAGAAUUGGACCCAGAAGAUAGAGAAGUUGUUAAAUUUAUCUGGGUUAAGGACAUUAGAGAGCCAAUAUCGUUGAAAAAUAUUCAAUACUAUAGAUUUUCGAAAGUUCCCUUUGGAGUAAUUUCGAGCCCAUUCCUUCUUUCUGCGACAGUAAGCCAUCAUUUGGGAUUAGUCGAUGAUCCAGUCGCUAAGAUAGCAAAGAAGAAUGCCUAUGUUGAUAAUUUACUUAUUGGUGUUGAAACGAAACAAGAGGGUUGGGAUGCUUAUAUUCGUUUAAAAGAAAUUUUUAAAUCGGCAGAUAUGAAUUUAAGAGAAUUUAUUACCAAUAACGAACAGUUAAAUUCAUCGCUUCCCAUCGAGGAUAGAUUAGAAAAAAGUGAGCCUAAAGUGUUGGGAAUACCAUGGAAUAUUAAAAAUGAUAAAAUAAUUGUAAAAUUCCCUCUAAUAAAUUACGUGAAAAUAACAAAAAGAAAUGUACUCUGUCAGUUAGCAAGUAUUUUUGAUCCACUCGUCGUUAUGGGAAAGUAAAAAAGAAUGGGACGAAAAUUUACGUGAAGAAGACGCUAAGGAAUGGAUAAAUAUAACCAAAGCUUGGGAAACCCAUGACAUUGAAUUGGACAGAAGAAUAAUUCAAUGUGGGUACAGAUGC